AUGGUGGAUUCUAAAAACAAUGACAAGACUAGCCAGUCCCCCAUCAAUAUAAACGAAUCUCUGGGGUUCGUGGCAAAACAUAGUGAAAUCACCAAUGAGCUUAAACACCGAAAUAAUGCAAGAUCCUCUAGAUCAUCCACAUUAGAUUCAAACCAAUCAAAUUCCUCAGCAUCAAGCACCUCGAGUGCUUCUUCCUCCUCUUUGACCUCAACAUCAACUUCAUCCUCAUCAAAGCGCAGAUCAAAAAGACACAAGUCAUUCAUCAACAUUGCUCCCCUAAACACACCUCUACAACAUAGGUUGGAAACUGUUGGUGUGAUUUGGCAUUGCAUCAGUAUCCCAUUCUUCAUCUGUUUAUUCCUACUCAUGAUCUCAUUGGGCUGGAUCGUUUGGGUGGUAAUCAUUUUGCCUUACUUUAUAUGGUGGUAUGGAUUCGACUUGCACACCCCUACAAAUGGCAAAGGUGCUUACAGGGUUAGAGACUCGGUCAAGAACUUGAUCAUUUGGGAAUGGUUUGUCAACUAUUUUCCUAUUCGUGCACACAAGACGGUGGAAUUGGAACCUACAUUCAAUCGUGUUUUGGUUGAAGACUCAAACGAAGAUGACGACGAUGAUGAACAAGACUUGAUCCUGGAGCUGCAACUAACAACCUUGGACCAGCUUUUCAAAUUUUUUGGCUUGAAAAAAAGGAUAAACACUACUGAAUUUUUCCAGAGCAAAUCGAAUAGCUCAGCUGUAUACAAGAGAGUUUCCACUGGACCAAGGUAUAUCUUUGGAUACCAUCCUCACGGCGUGAUAUCAAUGGGAGCAGUUGGCUUAUUUGGAACUAAUGCUUUGAGAAAUGAACCAUAUGAACCAUUGUUUAAAUGGUUGAAACCAUUUUUCCAUGACCCUUCAAAGCACAAGCCUUUAUUUCCAGGUAUUGGCAAAAUCUUUCCGUUAACUUUAACGACCCAAUUCACUGUACCAUUCUAUAGAGACUAUUUAAUGGCAUUGGGGAUCAGCAGUGCAUCAGCUAAAAAUAUCAAAAGCUUGAUCAGCAAUGGAGAUAACUCUGUGUGCUUGGUUGUUGGUGGCGCUCAAGAAUCCUUGCUCAAUACCAUGGUGGCCAAGAGUUCGCGAAUCGGCCAUGGCUACAAAGAUGAUACCGAAGAUGUUGACGAAACUGAGGAGGAAGAGCAUGAAGAGAAUGAAGAGAACAAAGACCUAAAGGAGGAGAAGGAAAAACUUGAAGGUGCGAAGGAGGCUAAAGAACAAUCUGUUGAAAUUGAAAAACCUAUCAAGAGGGAGGUCAAAUUAGUCCUCAAUAAACGUAAAGGAUUCAUCAAAUUGGCCAUUGAGCUAGGCAAUGUAUCACUAGUACCAACUUUUGCAUUCGGAGAAGCAGAUGUGUAUAAGCUCACCAUGCCACCACCAGGGUCACUUGGAUACAAGUUCCAACAAUGGAUGAAAAAGACAUUUGCAUUUACAAUCCCCUUUUUCAGUGCACGAGGAGUAUUUAUCUACGAUUUUGGAUUGCUUCCAUACCGUAAUCCAAUCAAUAUAGUUAUGGGCAAACCUAUACACGUCCCAGAAGGAGCAUUACAGGACUACAAGUUGAAGCAUCCUGAAGAAUUUGAGAGCGAAUCAUCUCAAAAGACAUCGCCGACCGAUUCAAAUGCGAAUGAGGGUGAAACUCAAGACAAGCUGAACUCGUCCAAGUCAACUAUUUCAAAGCCACCUAAAAUGAAAAAGACCAACUCAUUCACAGAUAUUUUCAAAUCGAAAAAGCCAUCGACACCAAAACCAAAGGCAAAAGUUCCACAACAGCUAUUGGACUUUUACCAUAAGCAAUAUGUUGACGAGUUGAAAAGAGUUUAUAAUGAAAACAGAGAAAGGUUUGGUUAUGGAGAUGUCGAAUUGAACAUUAUUGAAUAG